AACCCGCCGCCGCCUCCGCCUUCGUCCUCCCUCUCGCUCCCCACCAAAGCCCGCGCCCCCAUCGAUCCCACCAUGGCCUCCCACCUCGAUUUCCGCUACCUGGAUGAGGGCCUCGGUGGCGAGCGCGGCAAGCGCAAGCGCCGCGAGGAGGAGGAGGAGGCCGAGGCGGCGGCCGCGGACUCCAUGGACCUCGACGCCGACGUUCCCCGGCCGUCCAAGCUCCGUGCCAUGCCUUCCCUGUCCGACCCCUCGAAGCCGGCCUCCUUCGGUCAGCCCACCUACGACGGCGUCAUCGCCGGGCGCGUGUCGGGGCGCCGGUGGAAGGAGCCCCGCACCCGGCGCGCGUCGGCCGUGGUGGUGUCGCGGAAGCCGACUCCGCUGGAGCAGCGCGUCCGCGAGAAGUCGCUGAAGCGCGCGUACCAGGCCCGCAAGGCGGAGCUCAAGGAGGAGAUCCGGCAGAACAAGGUGGCGAAGCGGAAGGCGCGCGAGGAGCGGGAGAAGCGCAAGCAGGAGAACGUGCUGCGCACGGGCACCAAGCUGCAGCGGGUCACCAACCCCAAGACCAUCCAGAAGAUCGCCAAGUCCAAGAAGCGCAAGCAGCUCAAGGUCGUCCCCGACGAGUUCCUCGGCGGCAAGAAGUCGGAGGCCAGCCGGCGCAUGCAGGUGCCCGGACUCGAAAACUGAAUCUGACGGGCAUCGAUCGUCUUUGUAUCUGUGGUGAGGUUUAGUUCACAGUGUUUAAAAUCCAACGACGAUUUUGUGCUGCUUUUGGUAAUUUAGUUUGAAGUAUUAAGCGAUUAUAAUGGUAUGCAAUAUCAAAUUAUCAAGUUCCGAUGUGAAAUUUUACUGUCACAUGGUCAAAUUUGGUGAUCA